AAGCAAGCAAUAACGGAUAACGAAUUGGCACGCUAAUGUCAGAAAUACGAUUGCUCCUCGGUAAGAAAAAAAAUAGAACCAAAUAAAGCUGAUGUACUGAUACAUAAUAUGGGAAGGGGGCGGGAGGAUGGUGCUGCGAAGCGUGUAUUUUACAAGUUGUUGUCAAUUUAAAACGGAACAGAACGGUUUCAGUCGCUGGAGGAUUUAGUUUCGAAUGUGUGCUCCCUCGACAUACGUCUUAUUCCCGUUUUCCGUUCUCUUCGUCGCUACGAAAUUGUCGAAAGUGUUGAAAACUGUGUAUGCACGUACGUAGUGUACAGAAAAUAUUUAACGUAAAAUUACACCGCGUGUGAUGAAAUGUACUCAAAUUUAGAGAAUAGGAGAAUGAUUAUCGCUGACUGAUCCGUAUACGUUUCGUUAUACUUAAUUAUGAACGAACGAACGUUUUUAAUUGUGCCGAUAAACCGAAUGAAAUGAAGACUAACAAGAGGAAAAAGAACGAGGCGAUGCCACGGGGUUUCUUAGUUUUGGUGUUCGCGUAAUUUUCGUUAUGGAAGUUCAAACAGUUCUGUUUAAAUGAACAUCGAAUACUAAAUUCGCCUAUACGUACCACGAUAAUCAUCGACAAGAAGAUCCAUUUACAUUUUUAGUACCCCUUUACGUUCAAGAGGAAGUAAACGUCGAAUCUCCUCGAGUAACCGGAUCGAAACUGGUCUUGAUCGAUCAUUUUCCGGAUCAAUGGGAUAAGUAAAGAGUUGGUUUUAACAACGUUACUUGGAUUUUGAGAUGCUCGCAUACCGAUUACACGUUCUCGUCGGUUUGGUACUCGUCGUAGCAACCUUAACGUCAAAGACGAAACACACGCAAUCGGACGUGUUUCAUAACAGACGAAAUCGGCAAGCUAACAACAGCGAAGCGCGUCAUUAUUGCGGUGACAGGCUUACGAGCGCUUUACAGAAAAUCUGCGAUAGCGUUUACUAUGCUAGAUUCAAAAGAAAUGACCAAGAAACGGAGAAGAAAGGCUCUUUAUCUAGCAAUGAUUUUCAUCCCUACAAAUCGAUCGAGAAUGCGAAGAAAAUGCUGAAGGUUCGGAGACUUUCACGAGGUAUACGCGAGGAGUGUUGCCUAGGAUCGUGCUCCAUGGAGGAACUACGCUCUUACUGCGGCAGUCAAUAACAAAAAUCCAUCUUAAUGCUGAUAAUUUCAAUUUUUCGUCGUGCGGCAAAGAUCUUUUUCCCUUUCUACUCUGUUUAGGGUCUUCGACAAACUUUCGAGAAAGAAGAAUAGCCGACGAGUGACAGCUAACGAAGGCGAAUCUGAAACAGGUUCCACUGCUUUGUAACGUCUCGCCGAAUCUCCCGAGGUUUCGUGACGUUACGGGGGGA